AUGAAGAAAGCAGAGCUACUAUUCAUUCCUCUGCCGGAGACCGGCCAUCUCUUGUCGACGAUCGAGUUCGGUAAGCGCCUGCUCAAUCUUGACCAUCGAAUUUCCAUGAUUACAAUCCUCUCCAUGAAACUCCCUUACGCUCCUGACGCCGACGCUUCUCUCGCAUCUCUCACCGCCUCCGUGCCCGGAAUCCGACUCAUUUGCCUCCCAGAGAUCCAAGACCCACCUCCGAUCAAGCUUCUCGACACUUCCUCCGAGACUUACAUCCUCGACUUCAUCGACAAAAACAUACCAACUCUCAGAAAAACCAUUCAAGAUUUGGUCUCAUCAUCGUCCGGAGAAGAUUCAACUCAUGUCGUUGGACUGAUUCUUGAUUUCUUCUGCGUCGGUUUGAUCGAUAUAGGCCUUGAGGUAAACCUUCCUUCGUAUAUCUUCAUGACUUCCAACUUCGGUUUCUUGGGGUUUCUUCAGUAUCUCCCGGAACGACAUCGUUUGAUCUCGUCGGAGUUUAGCUCCGGCGAUGAAGAGUUACAGAUUCCGGCGUUCACGAAUCUUGUUCCGGCCAAGGUACUGCCGUCUGGCGUUUUCGACAAACUCUCUUACGAAAGUCUGAUCAAAAUUGGAGAGCGAUUACCAGAAGCCAAGGGUAUUUUAGUAAAUUCGUUCACUGAAGUCGAGCCAUAUGCUGCUGAAUAUUUUUGUCAAGGACGAGAUUACCCUCGUACGUUUCCUGUUGGGCCGGUUCUCAACUUAACCGGCCGUACGAAUCCGGGUUUAGCUUCGGUCCAAUACGAAGAGAUGAUGAAGUGGCUAGACGAGCAACCGGAGUCUUCGGUUUUGUUCCUGUGUUUCGGGAGCAUGGGAGUGUUCAGUGCACCUCAGAUCAAAGAGAUAGCUCACGCGCUCGAGCUCGUCGGGCUUAGGUUUAUCUGGGCGGUCCGUACGAACAUGGCCGGAGAAGGCGAUCCUUACGAGCCGCUUCCAGAAGGAUUCGUCGACCGAACAAUGGGCCGUGGAAUCGUGUGUAGUUGGGCCCCACAAGUGGAUAUCUUGGCCCAUAAGGCAACAGGUGGAUUCGUGUCUCAUUGUGGGUGGAAUUCAAUACAAGAGAGUCUAUGGUACGGUGUACCGAUCGCCACGUGGCCGAUGUAUGCGGAGCAACAGCUCAAUGCGUUCGAGAUGGUGAAGGAGCUUGGCUUAGCCGUGGAGAUAAGGCUUGAUUACAUGGCGGACGGUGAUAGGGUAACGUUGGAGAUUGUUUCGGCUAAUGAAAUAGCCAUAGCCGUACGAUCUUUGAUGGAUGUUGAUAACUUGAUUAGGAAGAAGGUUAAAGAGAUUUCGAUAAUGGCAAGGAAAGCUGUUGGUGAUGGUGGAUCUUCUAUGGUGGCUACAAGAGAUUUUAUCAGAGAUAUUCUUGGGGAUCACUUUUGA